AUGUCACCUUCCUUCAGAUCCCGCUCCUCCAAGCGCAGGGCAACGCCCAAUUUAAACCCGGGCUAUAACCCGAACAUUGAAAAACUUCGAAUCAAAGAAUACCCUCAGUUGAAAGGUGAAGAAUUCCGAGUAUCAUACCUACUUCCACCCCAUCUCUCCGCCCCCCCUUCAGCCCCCCUCCAUCCCUCAUCUAUCUAUCAUCCAUACUAACACCGCUCCCGCAUACAGACCAAACUUAUCUCGAUCACAGCGGGACAACCCUGUAUGCCGAAUCCCUCCUAGCCACCAUCUCAGCCGAUCUCCGAGAGAACCUGUACGGCAAUCCCCAUUCUGAAAACCCCAGCUCGAAGCUCUCAGCGAACAAAGUGAACGCCGUGAGGUUGAAAGUGCUGGCACUCUUCAAGGCCGACCCGGACAAGUACGAUGUGGCCUUCUGUGCCAACACCACCGCAGGUGUGAAGCUGGUGGCGGACUCGUUCGCCGGGCACGAGCAGGAGAAGGGGAAGAAAUUCGAGUAUAGGUUUCAUAAGGAUUGCCAUACAAGUUUGAUCGGGCCGCGAGGGUUGGCGGGGUCUGCAGAGUGCUUUUGGGGAGAUGAGGAGGUCGAGACUUGGCUAGACUCUGCGGAUGAGGAGGAGGAGGAAGGCGGGGAAGGAAGGCUGGGUCUCUUUGCCUGGCCCGGCCAGUCAAACUUCUCCGGCCGCCGCCUGCCCAUCCACGCGUGGUCAUCCAAACUCCGCGAGAUGCGGGGAAGGCGGUACUACUCGCUCUUCGAUGCCGCAGCUCUGGUAAUGACCUCCCCGCUUGACCUCUCCGACGCGGAUGCCUCACCGGACUUCAUCGUCUGCAGCUUCUACAAGAUGUUCGGCUAUCCGGACCUCGGUGCGCUCAUCGUGCGGCGGGAGGCGGCUGGCAUCCUGCAGCACAGACGAUAUUUCGGCGGUGGCACCGUUGGGCAAUUGAUGGCAUCGAUGGACCACGUGAAGCGGGUGUACCACAAAGACCCACACGAGCACCUGGAGGACGGCACAUGCGCCUUCCACAGCAUCAUUGCACUUGGCCACGCCAUAGACAUGCACAAAAAACUUUACGAAUCAUUCGAGAAAAUAUCCGCGCACACCGCUUCCCUUGCGGUAGCGCUGGUCGGUAUGCUGGCGGAGCUCACGCACCGUAGCACGGGCCGGAAAUUGGUGGAGAUAUACACCGAGGGCAAGUACGGUGACGUGAAGCGGCAGGGUCCCGUCGUCACAUUCAAUCUCCGCGACUCCCGCGGGGAGCCCAUCAGUUACCUGGCCGUCGAGGCGGCUGCUAGCGCGAGGAACAUACACGUGCGCUCCGGCGGCCACUGCAAUCCCGGCGGCGUGCAACACUACUGUCGCCUCAGCAAGGAGAAGAUGAUAGGCUUCUUCAACGCCGGGAAGAUGUGUGGUGAUGAUCAGGACGUGAUUGAUGGGAAUCAUAUCGGGGCCCUGAGGGCUUCGCUCGGCGCCAUGUCCACGCUCGAGGAUAUCGUCACCUUCGUCGACUUUGUGCGUGAGGAGUACAUUAGCAAGCCGCUUUCACUCGAGGAGAAGCGCCGCAUCCUCAUACAGGAGAGGAAGAAGGAUGUCGAGGAGGCCAAGCGCGUCAUGAAAAAGUACGGCACUGUGCUCUCCAGCAGCCGCACUGGGAAGACUCUUCUGUGCUUCUGGACGGAUUCUGUCAAUUUGGAUGAGGCUUUGCCCAUGAAUACGAGGCUAGCCUCUAACACUCUGGGCGUUUCCUAG